AAGAAAUCUCAUGACCUUCAUGGUGUUACAGAGCACUACCACCCAGAAACCAGCCCUUCAGCCCAUCUAGUCCAUACCAAACUAUUAUUCUGCCUCGUCCCUUUGACCUGCACCUGGAAUAGAGCCGUAGAACAUUACAAUUUCUCCUCAAACAGUAAAAGCUGCAGACAGUUUGAAUGAGUUGGCCAUUGGAUGAACACAAAUUUACAGGGAAUUUCUACAUUCUACCGAAACCACUUCCUUAUAUGGAUGCUAUAUAGAUACCUCGUCACAUAACCUACAGUCAAAUAACAAUCUUCAGGGCCAAGGAAGGAUAUCUGCAGUGCACAAGAGAAAUACUCUCUCAGAGGGAACUGCAAGGCCAGGAUCCAAAAGGCUCUUGGAAAAUCUGUAGGACGUAGCUAAGGGAACGUAAAUGACUAGACAAGUUCUCUUUCAAACAGUUUUAUUGUUUCCAGACCUCAUCUGUGCGGGUUUACAUUUACUUUAAAAGAAAGCAGAAAAUAGAAGCAAGCAUGGAUCAAAAUUAGGGGAAAUAUGGGAAGGGCAUGAUUGUGGCAGCAGAGUAAUUUUAGACUAAGAAUUCCUCGCCCUUCACAGAUAUACUGCUCCUCUCUGGUGUAAUGAGUCACUUUCAAAGUAACUUCGAAGUAAGUUUCUCAUCCAAGUAUGCAUACAUCACCAUGUAUGACUUGAGGUUCAUUUUCUUACAGACAUUCACAGUAGACAGAGAUAUACUAUAGUGUCAAUGAAAAACUACACACAAGCAACCAAGAUGCAAAAUAGGGCAAAUUGUGCAAAUUGAAAAAAAAAACAGAAAAAUAGCUAACUGAGAACAUGAGUUGUGGAGUCCUUGAAAGUGAGUCUUCAGGUUGUGGAAUCAGUCAUUGUUGAGGUGAGCGAAGUUACCUGUGCUGGUUCAGAAGCUUGAUUGUCGAAGGAUAACUGUUUCUGAACCUGGUGGUGUGGGACCUGAGUAUUCUGUACCUCCUGCCUGAUGGUACAAGUGAGAAGGGACCCUGUAGGAUCUGGAGGGAUGUUGUAAGCAGUCCUCUUGGACCUACCCCAGGAACCAUUCUUUAGGAGGAUAGACAGUGAACGUCAAGCAGUGUGUGCAUCUGAAGACCAUGUGUUAAAAAUCUGACCCUAUAUUGACUGCAGAACUUGGCAGGUCACCACGAGGGCAUAAAACUGGGGCCAGAUCACUCAAGAGCAGCUUCAGGGAAGGAUUUUCAGAUAGAAGUAAGUCGAAAUGUAACAGUCACCCUUUAAAUAUUUUUAUCUUUUCAUGGAAAAUGGAUGCAACAGGCUAACACCCAAGAAAUGAUUGGUGAUCUGCAUUUGUGAACUCCUAUGGUGGAUAUGUUGAGGCAGGAAAUGAAUUCCAGUAUGUAGAUCAUGGUAUCCCAACCUUACUUAUGCCAUGGGCCCCAACCAUUAACUGAGGACUCUGUGGACACCAGUGCCGAUGUGCUGUGGUCAGGGUCAAGUGCCCGAGGCGGAACGAAUGAGAAGGACGUGGAGGACAGGCUGCUGAGGCAGGGAGGGAGACUGCAGAGGACCUGCGGACACCGGCACACUUUCAGUCUGUCUACACUGGGCCAAAAGACCAAAAUAACUUCAGGAAUGCUGAGCUUAAAAUUACCUCGCCUCCUCAGCAUCAAUCAAGUGCCCAAAGUUUUCCACGAACACAGCAUUAUCUUUGGCUACCGCCAGCCAAGAUGCACAGCCACGGAUUGCUUAUUCAGCCUCUUCCAGCUGACGAAUGAGACCGUGAACAUCUGGACUCACUUCCUCCCAACCUGGUACUUUGUGUGGAACUUGCUGGCCCUUUCCUACACACUGGACUUCUGGAAUGAAGCGUACACGUGGCCUCUCCUGGUCUACAUGGUCUCGGCUUGCAUCUACCCUUUUACUUCAAGCUGUGCCCACACAUUUAGCUCGAUGUCCACUCGAGCUAGGCAUAUCUGCUUCUUUUUCGACUACGGAGCUCUCAGCCUCUACAGCCUAGCUCAAGGGGGGAGGGCAGCAGUCAUGUGGGAAUCUCACUGCCUGCAGGCUCCUCUCCAAAUUGCCCUCCCUUCAUUAUCGUUGGUCAACCUCUGGACCCAGAACAUAAAACAGAACCACACAGGAGCGGAUCCUUUGGCCUACAAUAUACGUGCCAACCAUGAUACCAAAUUGAACCGCGUCUCUUCUGCCAGCUCGGCGACUGUCUAUGCAGCCUACAUCAUGCCAGACAAGUGGAUCAACAGCACCUUGCACAAGUGGUUUGUGCCUGCCGCUGUCUUCAACACCGUCGUCUGCACUGCCCUCUCCUGCUACUCCCGGCUCGGAAUGCCUUUCACCCACUUUAACAGCAGCGACACAGAGCGAUACCCGGAGCAGGAACACCCCAACGUGAGCAAAGUCUUGCGACUGGUGGCCUUUGCUUAUCCAUAUUUCUUUGAUAACAUCCCGCUGUUUUACAGGCUGUUCCUUUGCAAAGGAGAGGGAUGUACACACAACGAGACGAUUCCCAUCCACUACAAACACAUGGCGCUUGCAUUCCUGACUGGCUUCCUGUUUGCAACUCACUUACCCGAGCGCCUUGCUCCAGGGAGAUUUGACUACAUCGGUCACAGUCAUCAGCUGUUUCAUAUCUGUGCCAUCAUAGGCACGCAUUUUCAGAUGAAAGCCAUCAUCAUGGACAUGACGUUGCGCCAAGCUUGGCUCAAGUUUCAUACGCCCCUCCCCUCAUUCAUGGACACCAUUGGUGCAGUCAGCCUCGCCCUUCUGGUGAACAUCCUCAUCAUUGCACUGUUCUCCCUGGGCUUGUACUGGAAACCAAAGACACUUGAAGUAAAGGAUCAACACUACACUGAGAAAUUAAAAAACGAUUAAGAUGAUAAUCCUGACUUUGGCCGGGCUGAGGAAGGGGCCUGGAUGACUGAAGGAGGAAAAAGCAUUUUGGGGAAAAAACACCUCAGUUAAGCAUCCUGACAAGGGAAGAAAUGAAGUGCACGUCUAUUUAAAAAGACAAAAAUUCCCAAACGAUAUGCUGUGCCUUUAAUGGAUGUAUGGUAACCUUUAAUAUGCUUAUUCCUGGUUCUGUGGCUACUUAGAGAAGACCAUCAUGUUGUUGCCUUAUAAACCUGGGCUAGGUGUGAGUUCAGGAUCAAUCUCAGUGCCUUUGAGAGCUUUUCUGUAAAAGCUCUCCUUUUUGGGUGUAAGUUAACAUUUUGCCCGAGACAGAUUUGAUUGGGCAAAAAUUCCUGAGACCAAGUUCUGAGAUUUUAAGGAAAAGAAUUCUUUUUUUGCACUUGAAUCAAUAGAUGCUCUUCUCAAUGUCUGUUCCAUGGGGUGUUAACAAAUAGCCAUUGCCUUAACUCCAAGAAGAAACAGGCAUUUGUCAUUAUUUGACUGUAAACUUGAGAAAAUAGACCAACUUUAAAAAAAAACUGACAUCUUGAUUUCGCCCUUAUCUCUGACUAUGAGUCAAAUUUGACUGAGACUAGAUUUAAAGAAAUCAUUCGCAAGAUAAAAAUGGGGUAGAGAAAAAGAAAGGCUUACAAAGAGAAUUUCAAAUGUUAGGACUUGAAGACGUGGCUGACGACAAUGAAGCAAUUCACUGAUUUUCUUUGCAAAUACAGAAAGAUCUCAAAGGUCUGUUAGGCUCGAAGAGAUCACGAAAAUAGGAGGGUGAGACCAUUGAGGAAUUGUGGUAGAGAAUUUUAAAAUGAAGGGGAAGAUGUUACACUGCUACUAAAUGAAUUCUGUUAAUGUGCAACUAUAAUCUCAAAUGGGACUUUUCAAGUUGUCUAUGGUACUCUGAAAACUUCUUGUUGCUGUAAGGGUCCCUUGCUUUGCCUUACCACUUCCCUCCUUGGAGCAUUGUACUCUUGUCUAGAUUAGAUUAAUUAAGGUUACAGGAAGCAUUUUGUUCAAACUUUCAUGAAAAUAUCAGGGGGAGAAUUUCUCAGCUGGGUAAGUUCCAAUAAUCUAUUUUGCUUCUCACUUGAAGGAAGUUGAAUAUAAGGAGGUCCUGAAAGAUCAGGUCUACACUUCUUCUCAGCACAGCGAUCAGAGAAAUAGUCCCCUGGCGGCAGCUCAGAAAUCUUGAUUCAGAAUACUUUUUCCUCUUGUAUAUUGUGAAAUUAUGGUCAAACUCGGCAAUUUAGCAUUUCCUCACUAAAGGGUGUAGGUCAAAGUUCAGACUGUAUUAGGUUGUCAACACCAAACUCUGCUAUAGGUAGGAAUGGAUUUCCAGGUCUCCAUUAAGAACGGUUCCCGAAAUUAGAAGUUAACAGAUGGUAUCUAUUGCAGCCUUUUAUUGGUGUGAAUCUACAGUACUGUGCAAAAGUCCUAGGCACCUUAGAUUUUUUAUAUGGUUUCAGUUGAUAUGGCCUCCACAGAGCCCUGAUCUCAACAUCAUUGAGGCUCGCUGGGAUUACCUGGAAAGACAGAAGCAAGCAAUACAGUCAAGAUCCGCAGAAGAACUGUGGCAAGUUCUUUAAGUUGCUUGGAAACACCUACCAGCCAAUCUUCUUGCAUGAUACUGCAUGAUAGUGUACCUAAGGGAAUUGAUGAAGUUUUAAAGGCAGAGGGUGGAGACACCAAAUAUUGAUUUAAUUUAGUUUUUUUUUACUGUUUACUGCUCUUUAUAGUAAUUUUUUUUAAUAUUUAGAAACUUUUCAUUUCAUUAUUUUUGAAAGCAUCUUCACUUUACAGAAUGUUUUUAUGUGUGGCUAAGCUUUUUGCACAGUACUGUGUAUGAACAAAAUGCAUUAAAAAUAUUAACAAAGAAAGGAAGUUCAACUAAACAAGGUUUAAAUCUUCCAAGAUAUUUAUGUUGCAUUUGAUUAGACAGGAAGAUUCAAUUGCAACUUUCCCAGCUUCUAGUGUUUGGCAAAGUUGUGAUGUAGGAAACAGGAAUUCAGUAAUUUUAUCAAUGCAAACUUUUCGCCAGUGCCUUUUUCCUAGGGUGGAAGUAGCUAAUACAAGAGGGCAUAAUUUUAAGGUGAUUGGAGGAAAGAAUGGUGGGGGAGGGUGAUGUCAGAGGUAAGUGUUUCACACAGAGAAUGGCAGGCACGUGGAACGAUCUGCUAGAAAUGGUGGUAGAAGCAGAUUAUUUACAGACAUUUAAGAGGAUCUUUGAUAAGUGCAGGGAUGAAAGGAAACUGGAGGACGAUGUGGGAGGGAGGAGUUAGAUUGAUAUUGGAGUAGGUUAGAAGGUUGGCACAAUAUUGUAGACUGAUAGUGCUGUGCUGUUUUAUGUUCUAUGUUCAAACACAAAGGAAAGAGUUAGAAACACUUUACAUAUGCUUAUUGUUUUAACAGACAAUACAAUCCAUUUAUUUUGAAUGAAUAUGUAGUGCAUCUGCUACAACUAAUGAGUGGGGAAAUUUCAUCUGUGCAUAUUACCUAUGACAAUGCUAGUGUCACGUGUCAGCAACAAUUCAGUGACAUAUUCCGAGAUCAACAGAAACCUAGACAAACCCCCUCAUCCAAACUCAAACUGAUGGGAACUGGCCCUUACGAUGUGAGAUAACAUUCCACUUAAAGGUUAGAGGUUUCAUUGUUCUACUUAUUGAAAACCAAAUUGACUCAAAACCUGUGACAAUCUCGUAUGCUCAGAAUCCGAAUCACACUCAGGAGUAUUACUGACAUAUGUUGUGAAUUUUGUUGUUUUGUACCAGAGAUAUGGUGCAAUAUAUGUUAAAAUAAGAAAUAUAUAAAAAGUAAAUAAGUAGAGCAAAAUAGUGAGGUUGUGUUCACGGGUUCAUGGAGCAGUUAGAAAUCAGAUGGUGGAAAGGAAGAAGUAAAACAUGUCUUCAGGCUCCUAUAGCUCCUCUGUGAUGAUAGUAAUGAGAGUAGGGCAUGCCCUGGAUGGUGAGGGUCCUUAAUAAUGGAUGCUGCCUUCUUGAAGCACCGCCUUUAGAAGAUAAUGGAUCGGGAGAGAGGUUACAUGCCUACAUGUUAAGGAAGCACUGAAGCUUGCAUUUUCAAUUGCCUGAUUUUUAAGCUCUGUCUUGAAAGGUCAAGUCAUCCAUCCAGCCAUUGAAGAUUGAUUUUUUUUUUAGUUAAUAUACUUACAGCUGAAGGCAUUCCUCAGAACAUUCUGCAAAUGUUCCUGAAUACUUUUGGCUGUGUGUUGCUUAAAUCAGGUUGAAAAGUUGUAGUUGUUGAUUGGAUGAUGUUGUGGGGCAGAAUAUCUGGAAACAGACUGUUGGAGGAGUCAAGAAUGGGGUUGGGGGGAGGUUUAGAUAGAAGGGUCAACUUAAGUGAUUUGGGCUAAGACCUCUUAUUUUUUUGCACCAGGAUUUGUAGAAUAUAUAAGUAAUUGAA